GCACAAGGCGCAAAGAAAAACCAAAGAAAUCGAACGCGAAAAAGGGUGACGAGAGAGGGAAGAGAAGAGGCCAAGAGGGGAGAGAAAGAGGCGUGGGGAGGGAGAGCGCGCGCGCUUCGAUCGGCGAUGGAUGUCGGAACGAAGGUGCCGAGGAAGGCCGCGGCGGGGCGUCGCGGCGGCGGCGGCCCCAAGAAGAAGCCGGUCUCCCGCUCCGUGAAGGCCGGCCUCCAGUUCCCCGUCGGCCGUAUCGGCCGCUACCUCAAGCAGGGCCGCUACUCCAAGCGCAUCGGCACCGGCGCCCCCGUCUACCUCGCCGCCGUCCUCGAGUACCUCGCCGCCGAGGUCCUCGAGCUUGCGGGGAACGCGGCGCGGGACAACAAGAGGAACCGGAUCAUCCCGCGGCACGUGCUGCUGGCGAUCCGCAACGACGAGGAGCUCGGGAAGCUGCUGGCCGGCGUCACCAUCGCGCACGGCGGGGUGCUGCCCAACAUCAACCCCGUGCUCCUCCCCAAGAAGACCUCCUCUGCCGCCACCAAGGAAAGCAAGGAGGGUAAGGAGACGAAGUCGCCCAAGAAGGCCGCCACCAAGUCGCCCAAGAAGGCGGCCGCCGCGUAGGUCCCGGCAAAUGGUGGUGCCCUGCCUCUCGCUCUCUCCCUGUCCGCUCUGAACUGGAACACUCCUAGUUGUCGUCGUCAUCAUGAUCUUUGCUGUUUGUCGUGGUUGUUUGUGUGUAAUUGUGUGCCUUUUGCUCAAUCAUCAUGCACUGUGUAGGUUGACACUGGUCUAGGUUCGAUCUGUAAGCCACUGGUUUAGGUUCGGAGGAGUGUAUCUGUGAAGGGCAAUGGAGGGGUGGGAACUGUGAAUCAUUAGGUGCUGUUUGUAAUAAGAUUGUGAAGAUGUGUAAAAUGAUGGGCCUCCAUUCUGUGCUUGAUUGUCUGGAUGUGGUUUCAUGACCGUGAUUAUGUUUAUCCGGUUUUGUUUGUGCUAAUUGGUGACCGUUCUUAUGUUUA